AUGGCUGACUGUGGCCCUACUGCUCCAGACAGGCUGCCCCAGGAAUUGGUACUAGGUGACCCUGUCCCUAAGGCAAAAGGGCACCAGGUCUGUGAGGGCAAUGGCUUCCCAGGUGAGAAAACUGAGGGUGAAGAGUUGAGUGGCCAUGAAAGCCCAGAAGCCACUAGCCCAGGACCUGACCUGCAGGGCAGUUUGAUUGUACAUGGCUCUGAGAUGGCAACGGGCCAGCCUGGCCUUCUGGAGCAGGGGAACGGUCUGGAGGAUGGGCAAGAGAUCCUGUGUGACUUCUGCAUGGCCCAGAAGGUCCUGGCAGUGAAGUCCUGCUUGACCUGCAUGGUGAAUUACUGCGAGGACCACCUCCGGCCUCACCUGGAGAACAGCAAGCUGCGGAGCCACAAGCUGAUGGACCCCGCGAAGGACAUUGAUCUGCAGACCUGUGAGACUCACAAAGGCCACUUGGGGUGGUUCUGCCAGACCGACCUGGUGUGUGUCUGUGAGGAGUGCCUGGCCGAAGAGCACAAGGGGCACAACUUGCUCACCUGUGAGGCAGCCAGGAAGGACAAUGAGAGAGAACUUCUGCAGACUCAAGCAGAGUACGACUGGAAACUGAAGUCCACUGAAAACGCAAUUGUCAAGCUGCAGAAUAAUACACAGUCUAUAGUGAGUUCUAUUUCCGAAGUGAAAAACCUGGUGUCCGGUCAGUUUGGGGAGCUCUUGGAAGCUGUCAAGAUGGCCCACUCGGAUGUACUGGCAUUUCUAGAGGAGAAGGAGCACGUGGCGGUGAAUCAAGCCAACGGGAUAAAGAUCCAUCUGGAGCACAAGCAUGCUGCCAUGGAAGAGAAUAAACUCAGGCUGGAGAAGAUGGCCCUCCACACCAGUGACAUCCUGUUCCUUAAGGAAUAUUGUGAGCUCAAGAAGAACACAGGGGAUGAUGUGCUUCCCAGUGUUUAUAUUGGACUCAAAGAUAAACUGUCAGGGAUCAGAAGGGUCAUCUCAGAGUCAACAGAACUCUUGCUACAGCUUGUACAAACCACCUAUAAGGAAAAGCUCCAGGAGUUUGCAAAGGAAGAGGACUGUGGGAUCAAAACGAUGGUGUCUGCACUUGUACCAUCCAGGCACCGCAUAUCAGCUCCAGAUCCAGAGACUAGGAGUGACUUUCUCAAGUACACUUGCCCGUUAAUGUUUGACCCAGACACAGCCCACAGAUAUCUCAGGCUCUUGGAGGACAACCACAAAGUGACUAACACCACGCCUUGGGAACACUCCUACCCAGAUCACCCUGAAAGAUUUGAGCACUGGCGCCAGGUGCUGUCAGACAACAGCUUGUACAUGGGUCGCUACUACUUUGAGGCUGAAAUAAGCGGAGCCGGCGUUUACAUUGGUAUGACAUACAAAAGCAUUGACCGGAAGGGGUCAGAAAGCAACAGCUGUAUCUCGGGGAAUAACUUCUCCUGGAGCAUCCAGUGGCAUGGCAAGGGGUUCUCUGUGUGGCACAGUGAUGUGGAGACGCCACUGAAAACAGACACGUUCAACAGGAUAGGGGUCUAUCUGGACUACCCCAAGGGCACUUUGUCCUUCUAUGGUGUCACCUUGGACACCAUGACUCUGUUACACAAGUUUGAGUGUGAAUUUGCUGAGCCGCUCUACCCUGCUUUCUGGCUUUCGAAGAAAGAAAACUCCAUCAGAAUAAUCAAAGCAGAGGAUACUGAUGAGAAGACUCCUGCCUCUUCUGCUUCCUCAGAGGAAGCUGCUCCUUCCAACACACAUUCAGCAUCUGAGGUGGAAGCAUUGGCCAGUAUUUAGGUUGUGGAUCAAUAUUAGUAUUGUGGCAGCAGGGGCAGCAAGGAGAUACAUGCUACUGAGGUUUUAAUAAGAGGGUCCAUUGUUGGAUCAUAUUAAAGAAGUUCUUUAUUAAAAUCACAAAUUAGUUUGAUUCCCCAUAGUUUAAAUUCCAGGGUAUUACUAAUUAAGAGGUCUCUUGGUUUUUGGUACUGUUUCUCUCCCUCUAUGUGUGAAACUUGCAAGCUGCUAAUUGUGUUAGUACAUUCUAAGAUAGAGUCUGUUCUCAAAGCAAUUCUUUGUAACAACAACUACUCACACAGAGAGAGACUCAAAGCAAUACUCUGUAACAACAGAAACAGCACCCAGAGACUCCCUGCCCUUUUGUUGUAUUCAUCUUGCUUUGUUAACAAUUGUGAUUAAAACAGAGAUCGAGGAUGUGUGUGGAUAAUAACUGAAUGAUCAGGGAGGUGCCAGCCUAAGAAUCUAGUGUCCAUCGGCUGAAGAAGGCGUCAAGUGGAAAUAACCAGAGGACCCCCGGAGGGCAGAUUGGAAUCCACCCAACAGCCUCAAGAAUGGGAGAACCAAAGAACAAGAUAACAUCUGGCAGCAGGGAGCCAUCAGGAAUGUGCCAUCUGCUGAUUGAUUCAGCAACAGCAUGAUGAAGCAAUUCCCAUAGCCUGGCAUAGGAAGACAUUCCUAUAAAAAUGGACUCUAGAAAGUGAGAACUUUGGGGUCUGAUUCUGCAAACCAACUUCCAGGAGCAUCAGACGAGCAUCUGACAAGGCCCUGCUCCCUCAUGUCCAGGCCACCUGGCCAGUGGCUUGGCAUGAGCAACUCUGAGGCUGGUAAUUAUGAUAAUAACCUUGCAGAACCUGUGUGUGUAUGAAUAAAUAUGUGAAUAAAUAUCAAAUUGAAUGGAAUGUUAUAGCUAUAACUAAUUGCUUACUAUGAUUCUUUCUGUAUUCACAAUAAAUGUGGCAUUUUGCCUUUUUCCCUUUAAUAAGAUCCUGCUGGUUUUUAUUUUAUUGGUAUAACAUAAACACACAAAAGAUGGUGAGAUGCUCAGAGACUACAGCAAUGAGUGCUUAAGCAC